AUCUCAAUAGAGCUCGUCGUCCCCGAUGCUACUUGGAGCGAUCUGCCACCGUCUGGAACGGGCUUUCCAGUCCGGGAAGCUUCGUGAUGGAGACGGUACCAUCGCUUCGGUUCCAGAGUUCUGGUACCGCAGGGUUUACCGUCCGAAACCUUGAGCUCUCACCUCAAGGCACAUAUUCCCACCAUUCAAGGCAGAUGGUCGGGUAUGCUCGUCUCAUUCAGGUAAGGAGAUCUGCUUUAAGACCCCGGGGCUAAAGAUGGCAAGAUGCUAGUAUAAAGCAUUCCCAUCGACCCUACCCUGAUGCUUGGAGAUUUUCCUUGCACUUUCACAUUUCUUGUAUGAUCAUCCCUUCCAUACCAAGAUCAAGACUCGGCCUCAACUCCAUUCAGAUCCAGAGUCAUGGAGAUCCCUUCUCAAGAACACCUUCAUGUGUUCGAUUACCCUUCUUCGUCCCCUUCCUCAUCAUACAGCAGUACACCGAGUCGAGCAGUAUCUCGUUGCUCAUCUAGCAUAUCGCCCAGAGCAUCUGGGAGAAAGACAGAGAUACUUGCAAAAUACCUAUUCAGAAAGUGUGAUCAGCAAAAAUGGUUUGAGGCCCACGAUCAAGAGCUCAGUGAUGUCUCAACCUCUGACCACGUCGGCGUCAUUCUGAGAGCGGAGGACGGCACAUACUACUGCGAACCUGCCAGCAUAAACAACGCAUGCGUGCGAGCGGCUAGCCACUUGAACGCCUCAGCAGGGCUGUGUAUGAGAUCUGGCGCAGUCCUAGAACUCCUUGACCAGAUCUCUUUCGAAGACACCCACUUGGAGCUCGGCAGCUCCGGGGUCGACUUGCAUAUUGUGUCGACUGUCGCUGACAUCGCCAACUUCGCUUCUGGACUACGGCUUGACACUUGUCUGUUUCUCUGCAAGAAAGAAAGCAUGAUUUUUAUUCUCGUUGACCAUCAUCAAGUAUUGCUGAAGCGAGGAUGGUAUGUGGAAGACUUGCUCAUCGAGCAUAUCUAUGGUAAUCAGGGGCUUGACGGCUAUCCUCAAACCUCUCGCACAGAUUCAAGAAGUCAUACAGAGCACUCCAACCACAGAGUACAAGACCAACGACGACCUAACACCGAAGUCCUCCCUUACGUACCAGAAGCCGCUCUCGAAGAUCCUACCAUGAAAGAGAAAAUCAACGUCAUUCAAGCCGCACUAGACAAAGAGGUACAUGGCGACCAGCUUUUCGAUCCAGAAAAGGAGGGACAGGAAGCACCCAAACGAAAGCUACUCCUGCGUCAUGCUGUCAUGGUCUCAAUCGCGAUGAUCUUGGUCGUGGUUGUGGAAAUGGCUUGCAUUGCCAAGAUGGUAACCGAGGUUCAGCUGGAUCGCAACUAUACCAGAUUCGCACUUCUCUGUUUGGUGCCGAUGUUUGCUCUCUUCUCUCUCUUCUUCAUGAUUGUGGUAUGCGGCUCUCUUUGGCAGAUCUUUGGACCUCUGUCUUCGCUGAAGCAGAACAGCAAGUACUACUCGGCUAUCGCUCCGAAGCCGGGCCGAUACCCAGAUCUUGAACUGCCCCAUAUUACCAUUCAGAUGCCAGUGUACAAGGAAGGCCUUCAAGGAGUCAUCAUUCCAACAAUCACAUCAGUCAUGCAAGCUGUAAAAUACUACGAGGCUCAGGGUGGGAGCGCCUCGAUCUUUGUAAACGAUGAUGGGAUGCAGCUUGUCAGCCAAGAUUUGGCAGAUGCACGCAAAGCUUACUAUGAAAUCAACAAUAUUGGCUGGUGUGCCCGACCUCCCCACAAAGAAAAGGGCAAGAAGAAAUCCUGGGGAAGGAAAGCUGAAAAGACCAACGAUGAAGAAGCCGAAACCAGCACAUCAUAUUUCCUACGCAAAGGUCAGUUUAAAAAGGCUAGUAACAUGAAUUAUUGCUUGGACUUUUCUCUUCGCGUUGAAGACCAAUACCUUGCAAUGGUGGAUACAAUCUGUCAGGAGCGCGGAUGCACACCAGAACAGUUGGACCCUGAAGAAGGAAAUCGAAUCUACCAACAAGCACGCGACCACGUUGUUGCAAACGACAAUGGACGCACCUGGGCUGCUGGAGACGUCCGAGUGGGAUCUAUCAUUCUCAUCAUUGACUCCGAUACACGAGUGCCCGAAAAUUGCCUGCUUUAUGGUGCCCUGGAAAUGCACGAGAGUCCUGAAGUGGCAUUGAUACAACAUGCCUCUGGAAUUAUGCAGGUGGUGCACAAUGCUUUCGAGAACGGCAUUACCUACUUCACUAACUUGAUCUACACUUCGAUUUCUUUUGCCGUUGGUAUGGGAGAUUGCGCACCAUUUGUCGGCCACAAUACCUUCAUUCGCUGGGACGCUUUACAGUCCAUAGCAUGGUUCGACGAAGAAGACAAGUGCACCAAAUUCUGGAGCGACAGCCAUGUCAGUGAAGAUUUCGACGUCAGCUUGCGUCUACAGAUGAACAACUUUGUGGUCCGUCUUGCUACCUAUCAUGAAGGUGGCUUCAAGGAAGGUGUGAGUCUUACCGUAUACGACGAACUGGCUCGAUGGGAGAAGUAUGCAUACGGUUGUAACGAACUGGUCUUCAACCCUCUCUACAAGUGGCCUUACAAAGGUCCUAUCACUCGUCUAUUUUGGCGCUUCUUGUUCAGCAACAUCAAAAUCACUAGCAAAAUUACAAUCUUGGCAUACAUUGGAACAUACUACGCUGUCGCUUCAGCCUUGCCUCUGUCUUUGGCAAACUACCUCAUCGUUGGAUGGUUUGCCAAUGAGAUCGAUCAAUUCUACUUGACCUCCUGGAAAGUUUGGGUUGGGAUGAUGAUUGUGUUCAACGUCCUGUCACCCAUAGGGUACGCAAUGCUCCGACACCGAAUGGGGAAGACGACUUUCUUCCGGUCCCUAUGGGACACUAUCAAAUGGACGCCCAUGUUCCUGCUUUUCUUCGGUGGUGUUUCCUUUCACCUGAUGAAAGCCCUCUUGUGUCACUUCUUCAGUAUUAAGAUGGAAUGGACGACCACGGCCAAAGAAUACAACGGAGGCUUUCGAAUCGGACUAGAUCGAAUCGUUCGAGACUUCAAAUGGAUGUACCUAAUUAUUAUUGUGCUUACCGCAGGCAUGAUCUACUUGGAUCAGAAGUCAUCGGAUUGGCACAAGUACCGGCGAUGUGACGCAUUCAGGUAUUCCAGAAAGGUCCCCUCGGAAAGUUUCAGAGCUCAGCCACGUGUGACCAAAGGCGGUAACAUCCCGUUUAUCCUGCCGAAGCGUAGGAAAAUAAUUCCCUCCGACCCUCGGAACAUGCCCUCGACCUCACCUCCGGGACCUUUCGAGACCAUCCCGCCACGUGGCACGCUCUGGCGCUUGGGUCUUCUUGCAGACCCAGCGAAGCAGCACGAGAGCAUAGCGGAGGAAAUGCGCAAGUAUUCUCCGUCGCAGGUUUCCACCUCAAUUCACGGGAAGAAAGCAACGUGA